AUGGAGCAGGUCACAGGAGAUGAUGGUGAAUCUGGUGGGGAUCGACACGCUUCAAUCUUUGUUCUUGGCAGACAGUUAUUUGUUGCCAUGUUGAUGUUAGAUACUUGGCAAUAUUUUAUGCAUCGGUACAUGCACCAAAACAAGUUCUUGUACAAACAUAUCCAUGAUCAACAUCACCGGCUAAUUGUUCCGUAUGCAUUUGGAGCUUUGUACAACCACCCUUUGGAGGGUCUGAUUCUUGACACAAUCGGCGGGGCUCUAGCUUUCCUUGUCUCUGGCAUGUCACCACGUACCUCCAUCUGCUUUUUCUCAUUUGCUACGAUCAAGACGGUUGAUGAUCAUUGCGGACUAUGGUUGCCCGGAAAUCUCUUCCAUAUCUUCUUUAAAAACAACUCCGCUUACCAUGAUAUCCAUCACCAGCUUUAUGGGACCAAGUAUAACUAUUCACAGCCUUUCUUUGUGACGUGGGAUAGGAUACUUGGUACUUACAUGCCAUAUGAACUUGAGAGGAGACCGGAAGGAGGUUUUGAAGCUAAGCCUGUUAAAGAUUGCAAGGAACAUUGACAAUACUGUUAGUACAUGUUUGUCAUAGAGUAUGUACCACUGCAAUUUUUGCCUUAUUCAAAUGCUUAGUUACUCAUUUAAUUUGUAUAGAGUAUAUAGUUAAAGGGUUCUGCAUAUAUUGUUGUAUAACUGGUGUUGGUUUCGAGGUUUGAGAAAGGAAUAGGGUCGAAUAAUAGUUUCCUUUUUAAACAUUGUCUCAGAUCUGAUAUCUGGUAUAUUCAACUGCAGGCAGAGAUAAAAGAUUACUGAAAUACAUUGUGUGCCUUGAAUUCUUUA